AUGCCUGCUUCUGCGGUAAGGAGUAAUAUUUCCGUAAAAAAUAGCCAAAAAGUUUCUUUUUCUGUAACCGCUCUCCACACCCCGCGUACUCUCUCGGCUUUUUCUUUUAAAAUUUUAAACAACUGCUUGUUUUCAGCCGCUCUCAAAUUCGGCGUCAUCGGCUUGGGUAGUCGACCUUCUCUUUUGCCAGCCUCGCCCUGAGGCACUCAUUCAGCGAAUGCAAUCUUCAAUGACUCCGGAAUACCUCUCAAUGCUCGGCCUCACACAAACGCUGACUGGCUUCGGGAGUUCGCUCGGUGCUCGACUGGUAGGUCGAAAAAUAGAUGUAUGGUUUGGCAAGGAACGUCCUCCAAGUGCGACGCUCAGAUUUUGAUGAAAGCCGGCGCAAAUUUAGAAUAUUUCUUUUCAAGGCAUAUAGAAAAGUUCUAGCUUGUGCGUUGCAAAAAUUACCAAGAUUUUUAGUCGAAAAAGUUGGCGAAAAUUUUGUGAUUUUUUGAGAAAUUUUGGAAUAAAAAAUUUAGUGUUUGUUUCUGCCAUAGUGUGUAACGCUUCCACAGAAAAUAAGUCUUUUCCGCUCGAAACUGGCAACAGUAGCAAAGAUACGGCUAAAAGGUGUUUUUCUCUCUGACCGCUCUCUGUGUUUCGUGUGCUCUCUCGGCGGCAAAGAUCGUUGAAUAUCUCGGCUGCUUCUGGAAAGCAUGAGCUAAACUUUCCAGAAAUUGAUAUGUAGCCUAUCCCCGACAUAUGGGCAAAAUUUAAAGCAAAUCAGAGCGUUGUACUUGGGACAUUUUCUUUGCAUUUUUUUUGAAUUUUUACAUUUUUUUUUCAAAUGUAAAAUGCAUUGGUAUUCUUCGGAGAAAAACAUUUCCUUUACUAUUUUUAAAUAUUUUAUUUUUCGCUUUUAUAUCCAUUUUGUAAAAUACGGCCAGUGUAAAAAUCAGAUUUUUUAACACCAAAACUAUAUUCUAUUUCUUCCCCACUUGUCUAUCUUUCAACCUCAAAUCUCAUUUUAAAAAUAGCACAUCUCUCGCCUUUGAAGUUUUUCAUACAUUCCUUACAAUUUUCGCUCAAUCGAAUCCCAUUCUAUGAAUAAAAGCAAAGUACGUUACCCUUGGUCUUUGAGGUCGCCCAAAGUUUCUUCUUUUUUGGGCUUGAACAAACAGAAUGGGGCAGAGAAUGGACAAAUUGGGUGUUCUUGUAUCUUGUGCUUUCAUUUUAAUACAUUUUUAUCAUGAAUUUUGGAAUCAAUUUUUGCGAUAGUUGAUGAUUUUUGGUGGUAAAAUAGGCAUAGUAGAAGUCUGUUUUUCAUAUUUUUGAAGAUUAUAUUUUGCCAAAUCUGGAUCUCAUUUGUUGCCAAGUUAUGGUAAAAACGCCUACAGAGUUAAAAAAGCGAUUUAAAACUUUUAGAAGCUGAUAUAUCGGGUCCUAGAAUAGCUUAUCACCUAUUUGUGAGGUAUUUUGCAUGUACUCACAUCAAUAAUAUCUAGAUAAAAGCUACGGAUCUUCGUUUUUUGCCGCAUAUUUUGGUCUUUUAUAUGUUACAAUAACUCAGAGUAACGAAAACUUACAUUAGUAGUAGCUAAAGUUAGAAAAAAUGGAUAUAUUUCAAGUCUUCGCCGAGUCUCCGCCAAGUCUCCGCCGAGCGUCCGCCGAGCGUCAGCGGCUUUGAAAGGCCUCGUAGACACUUCCAACAAGCUUUUUUUUGCUUGUCCGCCUGCCUACGCCCCGUAUCGAUCGAUUAUAUCUUGACCCGAACUGUCGUCGACCCAAAAGUCGGGAUGCGAAAACUCAAAAUACUUUCCUCCGAUGACCCUCCACUAUUUUCCCGACAGCCUGAUACAGAAAUUGUCGUCUUAUACAAAAUUAACAUAAUCCUAAAAAUUCUCGAAACAGUCUUUUUCGUCGUUCCAAACACACUUUAGUUCCAUCUAAUCCUCAUUUUUUAUCGAACGCCGGGGAUUAUGAACCCGACCGUUUUCUCUCUUCUUUCCGUGUUCAGUUAACCUUUGCGUUAAUCGAUUCGAGCACAAAGCUUUUUGGAGUUUGUUUGGGAAUUUACAGUGUUGAAACGGGGAGCGAGUAGACAGUAAUUAAUUACAGCGUGUCCGAAGAAAUGCGAAAAAAAUUGAUCGGCGAUUUCUCAGCAGAUUUCUCGGCGCAGAAGCUUUCGAUUUUGCACGGUGGGAGCGGAAACGCUAUGAUUUUAUUCUGUAAAUUUCAGAGUGUCAGAAUGGUGGAUAAAUUUACAAGAGCUGUUUCAAAAUCGCUUAUUUUUGUCAAAAUUUAGAAAGUUUUGUUUGCACAAAUCACAGGUGUGUCACCGGCUUUGUCAAAAAGUUUUAGUAAGGCUGUUCUCAAUUUAUUUUGAGCUCUGUUAAUCUGAAACUUUACAGAAUAAAAUUUGAGCCUUUCCGUUUUCAGUAUGCAAAAUCUGGGGCUUUUCGGUCGAGGCGCGGCCGAGAAAUCGUGGAUUUUUUUACUCCACGUUUCUUUUGGCUUAUAACUUUUUUUUGUAGAAGUAUUGCGAACAAUACGUCCAAUUUAGCCUGAAAUUUCAUCAUAAUCACAAAAAAAGUUUUUUUUCAUUUGUUUUUGACCACUUCUACAUCAAAAGUUACGCUAAAACCUCUCCAUUGCCCUCAGAAAACUGUAUCCUAACUAUUCCUCAAACUUUAUCAAAAUUUAACAACCAAAUUUUAACCUGCAACAUCCUUCGUAUAAAAUGUCGCCCUCCAAAAUUUGAUAAAAUCUCUUGUCUGUCUCCCCUCGUGAGCACAGAGUGUUUCAUUCGCAUUAUUUUUUUUCAUCCCCAAGGCACGUGUUCAUCACGCAUUUAACCAUAAUUAUGCCUACCAUGUCUGUCUAAUGUAUUAUAUUUUUAAUUUCCCCUAAAAUCCCCGCACUCAUUCCGCGUCACAGCGCCCUCAUUUACAUGCAAUUCUGUUGGGCGAUACAUGAUGUGUGCACAAGUACGCUCCGGGUUUUUUUGCGUCUUUUUUUCGCGUCGGGUUCAUUGGGUCCGAAAAAUUUCUCGCGGGGAACUCAGAGAGCCUUUUUCGUGUAGCUCGCUGAAAGGGCAGAGUAAAGUAGGGAAGAACGGGGUGUUCAGAAGAUGUUCUUACUUUUCUUUCCUCGAGCUCUACUUCAUUGAUUAUCGAGCCAGCUGAGAGCCGGAAGAGGAUGAGGAAGUAAAAGUGGCUGGAAAUACGAUUUAUCCGGACAAAUUAGAUUUUUUUGUUAUUUUUUUGGAGCCCAACCUCUUCAAACUUGUACUGCAUACUCUCUACGGACCAUAGAUCAUACUGGUACGUUCGUAAAGUCGCUGGGGUGAAUCUGACGUUUGCACUGUGCAAAAAAAAUGCCAGCCAAAAAAAGCCUCUUGCACGGUGCGGAAAGCAAGAAAUUGCACUGUGCAAAGAAAACUUUUGCUUCUGCACAGUGCAUGCCCUGAAAAUCGCUCCAUUGCAAACGGACUAGUAUGCUGACAGUUUUUCCUUGCGCUAAGCACAUACGAGAUAAUAUUUAUUUACGAUUAGCGAUCUUUGAAAACGCACCCCAAAGUGCGAAGGGCGUGUUUAAAAGACGAUUGCUCGAGGCAUUGCGCUCAGACUUGCUUGAAAUUUUGUCUCUAUCUUCUGGAUUCGUUGUAGAAAGGCUCUGAAAGUUUUUGCCUCAUGAUUUGAAGAAGCGGCUGAAAGAUUGAACGAUCUUCAAAAGUGCAGUCUAAGAUAUACAUAGCUCAAUUCACAGAGGAAUAUCGCUUAGCACAACGCGUGGAUUCACUUCAAAUUUUGCUCACUUGAUCUAUGUUGCUUUCAAAUUACAACCCAAAAAUUUUAGCUUCAGCGUUGCAGGGACAACCGAGAUAUUUGACAAUCUCGGAAUACCUAUGUUGAAACACCCAAGCUUCACAUAUAAGGAAAUAUCUCAAAGCGAAACGCUCCAACUCGCUUAAAGUUUUACAUACGUCUUCUAGAAAGAAGUAAUUCUAUUUGCUAUAAAACUUAGCCGCCAUAAUACAGCCAUCGCUGAGAUAUCCAACACUAUUUACCCCCGAGUUUAUCGAAAAUGAAGUGUGACAGUGAGAAGAGCCUCAUUCGCUGAUAGCUCUAUUUUUUCCGGCCGAAUAAAUUAUUUUCGUGUCGUUUGCAGAGCCCGCAGCGGGUGUGUUGUCUUUGUUUUUGCGGGCACUGCGAGUAAAUGGAUCCCGAGAUUCUGCUAUUAUUUUAUUUUGGGUCCAGAGUUUUGGCCUCGGCCUGAAUAUCGGCUAAAUGAAGAUUCUUGUGUGCGGAGAGUUUUGUUUUCGUUUUUUCUGGGUCAUUGGGAAACCUACAACGGCCGGCAUUCAACAAACUGUAUUUGAAAAGUUCGUAGAUCAAAGCUCACGCAAAUAUCGGUCUGUCGGGAAAAUAAUGAGCACUAUGUCGCACUCUUUAGCGACGCGAUCGGCACAGCGAAAUUGUGCUCAUUAUUAUCCGUUCCCCUUUCAUUACCGCUCUAAUCUAAUCUGAAUUCAUUUUUGCAUCCGUAUACAACAUUUACACCUUUUAUUUUAUUACAUCGUACAUUCACUUUGGCCUUUGAGUUCCACGAGCCCACGGAAAAUUCAAUUACGAUUUAAAACAGACUUCUGUUCUUGCAUUGUGAUCGAACGAACAAAUUGUGCUCAAUAUUUCCCUAAUUAAAUUUUUCUUAAUGUCUUGCAUUUAAAAAAAGUGUAACCAUUCAUAUGGGAGGGAAAAUUUAAUAAGUUUUUUCUUAGGCAGUCAUAGCCAGAGAUUGCCACGGCAAAAAUUUUGGCUCCGGCUCGGAGCCGCUCAGGUCCGGAGCCGAGGCCAAAUUUGCGGCUUCGCCUCGGAGCCUUAGCCGCUUAGAGCCGAAGCCAAGAGCUGAUUCCGGAGUCAAAAUCAGACUCCGGAGUCAAGAGCCAACUCAGGAGCCAAGAUUCGACUAUGGAGCCAAGAGCCGUCUCCAAAGUCUAUAUCGGACUUCGGAGCCGGGGCAGUGCAAAAAGCCGGAGCCAAGAGCCGACUCCGGAGCCGGAGCCGCUCAGAGCUGA